AUUUCUGGCAAGCUGGGCAGCUCGAACAGAUUCCUGUGCAAAGUAUUGCGCUUGUUAGGAGACAUCCGCGGCGUGCAUCUGUGCUGCUAGAUCCGUGAUGGCUCAUUUAGACGUUCAAGCCUGCCUUCCAGGAACGAAGGGAUUGCUGUGAAUUAUUAGAUUAUUUUUUUGCCUCCAGCUGGCGACGUGCCCCCCCCCACUUCAAAGCUGUCUCGCUCCUCCUACUCCCUUUUCCUCGCCACCUCCUCUAGCUGCACUUUACAGACGCUCCCCUGCUCAGCUGCAGCCCGGAGCUGUUGUUUGGGACGCUCCGGCGUGGAUGCGGUUGCAAGAGUAAGGUGUUUGGAGCUAUUUCCUAAGUGGGCAGGUAGCUGUGUGGAAGAUCUUGGAUCCCCAAGUGUCACCCUGGCUCAGGUUAGCAGCAUCCGUCCCACCUGGGGAGGGAGGACAAUGACUGAAAGUAACCACCAUCACCAACGGGCAACUAGGGGACGUCGUGGAUCGGGAGCAAAGCCAGUGAAGGAAGACAAUGAAGCUUAUAAAAUAGCCGUACCUUUGGACGAGCCGCACCAAAUGGAAUCGCAGACUCAGACUCAGCAACAGUUGUAUUAUGGUCUGAGCCCUCCUCAGAAUUUUGAUGAGGCACCGGAGAUGCCAGCUCCCUCAUUGACCCUGGUGACCAGCAUGAGGACUCAGCUGCACAUGGCCCUGGAGAGGAACUCCUGGCUGCAGAAGCGAAUCGAGGACCUGGAGGAAGAACGGGACUUCCUGCGCUGCCAGCUAGACAAGUUCAUCUCCUGCGCCCGUCUGGAUACUGAUGAGCACUGCCGCAGCAAGCAGCUCCCACGGCGGUCCGAGGUGUCUGACAGCCGGAACGGGGAUAUGACAGACGAUGACAGUAUGGGCUCCUGGAUGAGUGCCGGCCCCGAGGAAGGAGGCUCCGCAGAGCACAAGAAGCAAAAAGGAGGGGUCAACAGGCGGCGCUUUGCGAAGCCCAAAGUCCGCGAGAGGCAGAGAGUCAAAGAUGUGGAUGGGGUGCUGUGCCGCUACAAGAAGAUCCUGUACACUUUCCAGAAGCUGCAAAGCAUGAGCCGGGCCUUUGAGCACCACCGUGUGGACCGUAACACUGUGGCCUUGACCACGCCCAUUGCUGAGCUCCUCAUCGUGGCCCCUGAAAAGGUGGCAGAGGUGGGGGAAUUUGACUCGUCCAAGGAGCGCCUGCUGGAGUAUUCCCGCCGGUGCUUCAUGGCUCUGGACGAUGAGACUCUCAAGAAGGUCCAGGCGCUCAAGAAAAGCAAACUCCUCCUGCCCAUCACCUACCGCUUCAAGCGGAAAACGGACACCCCCGGUCCGGCGGCCAGCAAUUCCUUACCCUCACCCACUACCCCACCCAAACCCCCUCCGCCCCUUGCUGACUGCUUUAAGCGAUGAUUCCCCCUCCUGGCUUUGCCUGAACCCACUUUGACAGCCCUCCAGUCUCUUAUUUCCGUCUAGUUAUUGAGGAAGCUCCCACUGUGCUCCCCUGGGGCUCUUCCUUGUCAGCCCCCUUCACCCUUUCCCGCAGUUUCUAGUGCUAAAGUCAAGUUCU